AUGUCGGACAAAAAGCGCUUGCUAAAUGACCUCAGAGUUAUAGACUUACGGGCAGAAUUGGAGAAGCGCAACCUAGAUAAAAGCGGUGUUCGCGGUGUGCUCAUACAGCGUUUAUCGAAGCAUUUAGAAGAAGAAGGGCACGAUCCUGCUACUUUCAAAUUCGAAUUGGCUACCGUAGAGGCGAAAACCCCGGCUAAAAGAACCAGACGAUCGGAGAGUACUGUUGAACAGGAAGCUGAAGAUACUCCAGCCAUGGAGGAUAUGAUCGUGCAAGAUGACGCUGGAGAGGAAGAAGAAACAGAGCAAGGAGAUGUAAAACCCGACGUAUCCAAUUCUCAAGCUGAAGACACCAUGGAGGUCGAGGAACCUGAAAAAUUAAAUAGGAAAAGGGAAUUAAAGGAAGAACCAGAGGCAACAGAGGCUAAAAAGCCUUGCCUCGACAAAGAUACAACUAAUGAGGAAGAUCACAAACUAGAGAACAACACUGAUGCUGAAGACAGCAUUAACUUGGAUAUUGGUGAUGAUGAAUUGCUCAAUGAAGAGACUGAAAACAACACUAAACCAUCUAAAAAAGAUGAAGCUGCGGAGGAGGAGGAGGAGGACGCAGCCGAGCCAUCGAGCGACAAGUCUGCGCCCGCCGACUCUGCAGCGAACGGCGACGACGAGCCUGCCGACGAUCAACAUCAAGUAAACUCCGAAGCCCCCGCCACUAGCAAUGAGGAUGAGAAGCAUGAGAAGGAGAUAAAAGAAGAAAAAGACAAAGAAGCAGAUGGCGAAAAGAAAGAGAAAAAAGAGGAGAAUAAAGAAGGAGGUGCUAGAAACUUGUGGGUCAGUGGCUUGUCUGGUGACACACGUGCUAAGGACUUGAAGCAACUCUGCAGCAAGCAUGGGAAGGUGAUUGGAGCCAAAGUGGUAACCAAUGCUAGGACUCCUGGAUCUCGUUGUUAUGGCUAUGUUACGAUGGCAAGUGCUCAAGACGCUGAGAAUUGUAUUAAAAACUUGCAUAGAACAGAAUUACACGGGCGUAUGAUUUCUGUUGAGAAGGCUAAGUCAGAAUCGGAAUCGGCUUCACGCCGCCAACCAUCCGCACGUUCGGAACGACGUCCUAGCAAAGAACGUAAAGAAGAACCUAAAGAAAAUGAGGAUAACAAAGAAGGUAUCGAAAAGACAGUGAAGAAAGAGAGUGAAAUGUCGGGAGCAGAAAGUACUCGGUCCACUUCACGAACACGCGAAAAGUCACAUCGUUCCGAUAAGGAUCGUACGAAGCGAAGCACAAGGAGCCGAGAGCGUCGGCGAUCGCCUCGGGAGGUUUUGUCUUUUUCCAAAAUUUGGAAGGAGCGCGACGUGGCACGUGCACGGGAGCGGUCGCGUGCGGCGCGCGAGGAGGAGCGCCGGCGUCGCGCUGCCGAGGACGCGUUACGCGAGCGGGAGCGACGACAGAGACAGGAGAAACAUCGACUCGCACUCGAGAGGGAGAAGCUGAGGGCUGAAAGAGAAAAAAUUGAACGCGAAAAGAACGAGCUGCUUCGUUUGGAACGCGAGCGUCAUAGACUGGAGCGAGAGAAACUCGAAUUGGAAAGACUGGAACUGAAACGUGCUCAACUAAGACUGGAAGAAGAGCGUCGUAAGCGCGGAUACGAGGGUAGUACAUAUCGCAAGGCAGGCAGUCCGCCGCCCGAGCCUGCGUACGAGCGAGACACCAGGCAUAAGCGACCGCCGCCGCCACCCAUAAAUAAAUAUCACCAGUCGUCCAGCCGAGGACAGUUUGAAGCACCGCCUCCACCUCGGUUCGAGAUGACCGCGAGCUACGAGCGAGGAGCUGACAAGCGGGAUCGCGAACGUGACUACAAACGAGAUUAUCCUCGUCAUGUUUCAUCUGGUAACAUGAAAUACUCGAGCAAUGGCGGUGCCAGUGAAGACUCCCGGCAACCAAUGCCACCAGGAACCAGGCCUAAAGAGCCCAGUCGCUCAUACGAGUCUCGGGACAACCGUUCGUACCGGCCGUCGCCGCCCGGAAAACCAGAACCACGUAGCUGGAACGCGUCCAGUCGUUACCCUGAUGCUGCACCGCCUUCCAAAGGUAGUAACGGUAGUGGUGGAGGCGGUGAAGCUUGGUCGAGCGGCGAGGCACGUUACGGCAGUUACGAAGCUCGGUACGCGCCGCAGUAUCAGCCGCCGCCGCCGGGCGCGCCCUACCCCGAUCGCUAUGCGCCGCCGCCCCGCGACUACCCGCGCAAAUACUAG